GACUGUGGCAAUAAGAACGAAGAAUCACUUGCGCAAUUUACAAAAUUGUCCUUCCCUCUUAGGAAGGAAACGAUCCUCUAUUAAGCCAGAUCACAGAUCUGCGAAGUUCAAGCUUCUGUGACCCUUCUUCUCGUCUCAGAAAUGGCGUCUCAUGGCUUAUGCCCAUCGGUAAAGAACAUUCUUCUUCUAGAUUCUGAAGGGAAGCGUGUAGCAGUCAAGUACUAUUCAGAUGACUGGCCAACAAACAAUGCAAAAUUGGCUUUUGAGAAGUUAGUAUUCAAUAAGACUGUGAAGACAAAUGCUCGGACAGAAGCUGAGGUAACAUUAAUUGAGAAUAAUGUCGUUAUAUACAAGUUUGUUCAAGACUUGCAUUUCUUUGUCACUGGUGGUGAUGAUGAAAAUGAGCUCAUUUUGGCUUCAGUUCUUCAGGGUUUCUUUGAUGCAGUCACCUAUUUGUUGAGGAGCAAUGUUGACAAAAGGGAGGCGCUUGAGAACUUGGAUCUCAUCCUUUUAUGUCUUGAUGAGAUUGUUGAUGGAGGGAUGAUACUUGAAACAAAUGGAUCCCUCAUUGCUGAAAAGGUGACCUCUCAUAGCAUUGAUGCUGACGCCCCCUUAUCUGAACAGACAUUAACUCAAGCAUGGGCUACGGCUAGAGAGCAUUUGACAAGAACCCUUCUGAAAUGAUGUUUACGUGACCAGGAGUGGGUUUAUCCAUGUUUGAAAUGUUAUAGUCUUUCUUUUGUUAGCGAGAGUUAUUUUGUCCUCCAAUUUAUUGGGCUUGAGACUGGAGGAUCAUACCAUUCCGGCGACUCCAUUGUUCGAGGAUUCUCGAGAAGUGAUUUAUUAUUAUUGUUUUUUUUUUAAAAUGUUAAAAUUAUGUGCUGAUUUUAUAUCUGGUUGACCUUGACGACAUAUAUAUUUGAGACGUAUAAUUAGUUUUAUAAUGAAAGAAAUCGGGGUUGGUCAUACGGCUUAAAGGA